AUGAAUUAUCCCUAAAACAAUUUAAAAACUAAACAAUCGAAGGACAAGGUACUGUCAAUUUAUAUUUGAAGUUGGACCCAUUUUCUCUCUAAUUUGCUAAAGUGAAAAUCUCUAAAUAAAGAAGCUGA